ACACACCCCUUCGGAGUCGCCGGCCCUCCCCGCGGAUGCCCGCAGGCUCGGCCUCGGCCUCGGCCUCGGAGGCCUCUCCGAGCGGCGCCCCGAGCCGCUCCGACGGCUCGGCGUCGGACCUCGACGACGCCGCGGCGGGCGGCAGCGCGCGGGGCCUCCAG